AACGGAUGCGAAAUAGAGAGAGGAGAAAUCGGAAGGAGAAUUGAGAAGAAAGACAGAGAGGAGAAGAUUGAAUUGAAAGAGGAUGUGAUUUUCUGUAAGUUCUUCACAGCCUUCGGUUCAUGUUUUCACUAUGUUCGUAUUGAAUACAGAGUGAUAUCGCGCCAAUAUGUAGCCCACGUGACUUUGAACGAAAUCACGUACCUCUAACCAAAUUUGGAUCAUGAUAUUUCAACAGAUAAUUGUAGGAGUUUCUGAAGAAAGAAAAUGAGUACAUGUCAUGUGUUUCGUAUAUUUUUUGGUUUGUUGAAACCAUUGUAAUUUGUAUUCUCUGACUCAUGUGCUUUGCAAAAUGUAGAUUCAUCCUUUCAGGUGGGAGUUCUUCUGUAUACUGGUAUGAACAGCGCUUACGCGCUAGGAUAUGCUGGUGCAGUCAUGGUACCUUUGGGAUGGAUUGGAGGUGUGAUUGGUCUGAUGUUAGCAGCAGUGAUAUCAUUAUAUGCUAAUGCUCUAAUUGCCAAGAUCCAUGAAUAUGGGGGAAAGAGGCAUAUCAGAUAUAGAGACCUUGCAGGAUUCAUGUAUGCUCGGAUAGCUUUUGUAGUUGUCUGGGGAUUACAAUAUGCAAAUUUUUUCUUGAUAAAUAUAGGAUUUAUCAUUUUGGGUGGACAGUCGUUAAAGGCUUUCUAUAUUCUCUUUAGAGAUGAUGAUGAGAUGAAGUUGCCGUACUUCACAGCAAUCGCUGGAUUGGGAUGUGUUCUUUUUGCCAUAGCUGUACCGCAUUUGUCAAGUUUAAGGGCUUGGUUGGCGGCUUCAACAUUCUUCAGUCUAGUGUAUAUCACUAUAACCUUUGUUUUAUCUCUUAAAGACGGAAUCAAUGCUCCACCUAGGGGCUAUGGCAUUCCAGAAUCAAAACCAAGCAGAGCUUUUGCAAUUAUUGGUGCAACAGGAAGCCUUGUUUUUGCAUUUAACACCGGAAUGGUUCCAGAGAUCCAGGCUACUCUUAGAGCACCUGUUGUCGACAACAUGUUGAAAGCCCUAUAUUUACAGUUUACUUUAGGCUCUGUGCCUGUUUUUGCCGUUACUUUUGUGGGGUAUUGGGCUUAUGGAUCAAGCUCAUCAUCCUAUUUGCUCAACAAUGUCAGUGGCCCAGUUUGGGUGAAGGCACUAGCCAACUUUGCUGCUUUCUUGCAAUCCAUCAUAUCUUUACAUAUAUUUGCAAGUCCAACAUAUGAAUUCCUGGAUACCAAAUAUGGAUUCAAAGGAAGUGCAGUGGAUUUUCGGAACAUGGUAUUCAGAACUAUAGUCAGAGUUGGUUAUCUAGCAAUUACUACGUUCUUGUCGGCUCUGUUACCUUUCCUUGGAGAUUUCAUGAGCCUCACUAGUGCUAUCAGCACAUUUCCACUCACAUUUAUUCUCCCUAACCACAUGCACCUUGUUGCCAUGAAAAAGCAGUUGUCUACUCUACAAAAGAACUGGCAUUGGCUUAAUAUUGUCUUCUUUGGUUUCACAUCUGCAACCGUUUUAGUAGCUGCCUUCAGGCUCAUUGCAGUGGAUUCAAAAACUUACAAUAUGUUUGCAGAUUUGUAACUCUUUAUGUGAUACUUAUAUGAUGAAAAUGUUCUGUUCUUAUUCGGGGACUUCAA